UCGUGAGCAUCUCUAUCGAGCUGUUUAUAGACACCACAUGAACUGUAAAGGAUGUCAUAAUGAAUGCAAGGACGUGUGACAUCAACUUCAUUAACAAUCAUCUUCCUCCUAACAAAGUGAACCAAUUGAUUGCUAUCUCACAUAUACGAAAACUUAUGCCCCGGGCUCCUUUGAAUAAAGGGGUAUAAAUACUCAUCAUUUCACUAUUCAGAGCGCUUAUAAUCUCCAUAUGGAACAAAGGGUGGCUAUAAAUGGGAAGUGGACUCAUUUGUGGAAAUUGAAGAGAUUGUGCAUAAUUCAAACUUUCAUGUGGCUUGUUGCCCAUGAGCGUUUCCUAACUAUCUAUUGUCGUAGCCGAUGGAGUGUCGGCGUUUCACCAACAUGUUUUACUUGCAAAAAUGGAGAUGAAACGACUGAUCAUAUUUUGAAAGAUUGUGUUCAUGCAACACAAGUUUGGAUUAGGCAUGGAGAAACAAAAGUAUCUUUGAAGAGUGAUCUCAUCGCUUGAGCAAUCCAACUCACGAGAUUAUCAAAAUGGCAAAGGAGAUAGAAAAUCAUUAGGAUCUUCACUUGACUUAUGGAUCUCAACACCUGGACAUUGUUUUCAUUGUAUGGAAAAUACCUCGAAAAGGAUGGAUCAACCUCAACUGUGAUGACAUUGACACACAAAAGCUCAAUGAACCUUUCAGGAUGUGGUGGCCUUCUUCGAAACAACAAUGGGAAUAUAUGAUUAGUCAUGCAUGGAAAAUUGGGACUUAUGGCGUCCUACAUGCUGAGAUGUGGGGGGUAUGUACAUGGAUAUGGACAUAGCUCAUCGACAAUGGGUUACACACCUUUAAUUGGAGAGUGUUUCAAAUAUCUUAGUUAACAUGGUGAAUGACAAUUGUAAAAUCAAUAGAAAUAUCCCCACUCUUAUUCAUCGUAAUCAUGAGCUAAAGAAUAAGGACUCACAAGUUGAGAUCAACCACAUGUGGCAGAAAAUUAAUUUGCUAAUUGUAGUUUGACUUUAAACUUUUUUAAUUUGUGUAAUAUGAAGACUCACUCUAUAAAGCUCCAAAGGUUUCCUUUU